AUGAUCGAUCAGCUGUGGCUCUGGGUGUUGAGCAAUAUCAUCGAUGCACCAGCGGAUCCAGAAAAAAUCGCAAGAAUAGAAGAAUCCUACGCAGGCCAACGCGCUACGGCGAUAUGGGGAGCCCGUAACGACCCGGAUGAUUUCAGCCUGCCGUUGGUCAUGGUCAAAGCGAGCAUUGACGAGUUCAAUGGCAUGCUUAGGCGUGCAGAGAGGGUUAGCCAGUCGAUUAAUUUUCUUCUCGACCUUAAACUGAAGCAGAACAGUGUGAGAGUCGCUCAAGAUGACCAGAGGAACAACAAAGCAAGCACAGACCGUCCUUAUUUUUACCCUGACUACCAUCGUCUUCCUCCUAUUGUCGUUCAUAACUUCGUUCUUCACCCUCGAUAUUAG